GGCGUGCCGGCCGACGCGCUGCCUCCGCUCGCAUCUCGGCUCGGGUUCCGAGCGCUGCCCGCGCGGCUGGCUUAUGCGGCGCGGAGCUCAGGCCGCGUGCUGGUCGCCCUCGUCCUUGUCGGCGCCUCGCCGCUGUGGGCCGGCUUCCUUGCCUCGCAGCUUGGCUCCUUCUACGCGAUCCCGUCACGCUCGAUGGAGGCGACGCUCGCCGUCGGCGACGUGAUUUUCGCCGAGAAGGUGUCUCGGCUGGUCAACCUGCCGUAUGAGAGGGGCGACCUCGUCCUGUUCUCGCCGCCCGCUGAGCUGCAGCAGCAGGUGAGGGCGGCCGGCGGCACGCUCGGCGGGCGAGACCUCUUUGUGAAGCGAGUGGCGGCCAUCGGCGGCGACAAGGUCGCGCUCACGCCGGAGGGCGGCAUCGUCGUCAACGGCGAGCCGCGCGCCGCACCGCCGCUCCAGUGCGCAGGGCCGCGCGGUGGCGGCGGCGGCAUCAAGGCUGAGUCCGGCGGCGAGCCCCGCGCCGUCACUUUCGCUCGCGUUGUGCCCGACGGCAGCCUGUUUGUGCUUGGCGACUGCCCGGAGCGCUCAACCGACAGCCGGACUUGGGGCCCGCUCCCGAGGCAGAACGUGGUCGCGCGGCCCGUGGUGCGCGUCUGGCCGAUCUCGCGGCGGGGAACAAUCGACGCGUCCACGGAUCUCAACCCCCCCACGGCCGCACACGACGAACACACGACCGCGGGAGCGAAGUUCUCCCCAACACCAACACACAAAAAUAAAUACAAGGAUUACAACCCGCACAAAAAAUAA